CCUCGACACAUGAAUCAUGUUCGAAUUUAUAUUUGUGCAACAUAAACGAUAUCGGUUGGUGCACAAGAAAGUUCACAAGAACCUCGAAAUAGGAGGGAAAUUCAUGAGUCAUGAUUUGAUCUAUAAAUGGGACUUACUAAAUAUGUUUACUCUAUUAUUUUUUUAUUUUUUUUAUUUUUUUUUAGAGCACAUGUAUCAGCCCCACAAUACAUUUACUAUUCAAAUCACGAGUACGAUUCAAAAAAAGAACUUACCUUUCGAAUCCCUACUGACGUCGCUAUACUUUUUACUCUAAUUAUGGAUGGGGACAUAAUAAUAUUUCUUCAUCUAAGUCAAUAGUCAUCCGUGCUAUGAAUGGGACACACCGAACAAGGCUACUCUAUUUUAUUUUUAUUUUAUUUUAUUUUGUUAGUUCCCAAUAAAUAGCCUACGUUUCCAAUGCAACAUUUAUUUUUUUAUUUUUAAAGAAAUGCACCAUCUUAUUUAGCUCUCUCUUCACUUAAAAUACAAUGGAACUUGUCAGUCACUAAACUUCUUCCACCUUGUCUUGUUCUUAACUACACACCCUUUGAGCAGAACAUUUUAUACCUCUCUGAUCUGUUUCAAUAAGUCUGAUAAUAACGAGGAGGUGAUUUUAUUUUUGUGUUCACUUUCAUUCAUCUGAUUUUUUUAUUUUUUAUUUUUAAAUUUAUGCGUUUCAAUCAUUUCUUGGUUUAGUCACCUCCUGAAAGUACACAAGUCUGAUAAUAACGAGGAGGUGAUUUUAUUUAUGUGUUCACGUUCAUUCAUCUGAUUAUUAUUAUUAUGUUUUUUUUUUUUAAAUUCACGUGUUUCAAUCAUUUCUUGGUUUAGUCUAGUUCAUGUUAUUAUGUACUGCUCACUAUAUCAAUCUUUAUCUCUGUUUCUGAAUUUGAUACACCUAUAUAUGAAUAUAUGAUAUGAUAUACAUGUAAAGUCGUAUUUUUGUUUCUAUUUUUCUGAUAUUUUUUUUCUCUUAAUGUCUAUGCUUCUCUUUCAGGAGACUACAUACUUGAGAAGCAAGUUUUGAUUCUAAGUUUUAUCAGCAACCAUGUCCUCUGCUUCAUGGCUCACAUCUCCCACAUGUUCAUCAGAUAUGUCAUCUUCUGUUUCAGUUUCAAUCCAAUGGUUGAGGUUCAUCUUCCUAUCUCCAUGUCCUCAAAGACUUCUCUUUUCAUCCAUUGAUCUUCUUUUCUUGCUCACCCUCUUCGCGGUUUCUCUCCAAAAGCUCUGUUCUAAAUUCAUCUUUCAACCUCGUUCCACCUCUUCCACCAUUGAUAAGCCUCUCCUCGGAACCAACAAGCCUAGUUUCAGAGUCACAAUCUGGUACAAACUAUCUCUAACUUUAACAGCUUUUUCAGCAAUAUCAUACACAGUGCAAUGCAUCUUAGCCUUCAUUCAAGGUGUCCAGUCUCAAUGGAAGCUAAUGGAAGCUGUUUUUCGGUUAGUCCAAGCGAUAACCCAUGUUUCGAUUCUGGUUCUGAUUGCUCAUGAAAAGAAAUUUGAAGCUAUUACUCAUCCUAUGUCCCUUAGACUCUAUUGGGUAGCAAAUUUUGUUAUGGUGUGUUUAUUCAGUGCUUCAGCUAUCAGCAGAUUGAUUUCUGUUGAUGAAUAUUUAGAUCCCACUAUGAGAAUGGAUGAUGUAUUUUUGUUGGCUUGUCUUCCCAUUUCUGCUUAUCUUUUUGUUGUUGCCAUUAAAGGGUCAUCUGGGAUUAGUGUGAUUGGAGAAUCUGAAUUAGGUAUAGACUCAAGAACACAACUUCACCAAUCCACAUUGAUGGAUUCUAAUGUGAGUGGCUAUGCCACUGCUUCUUUGUUCUCUAGAGCUGUGUGGCUUUGGAUGAAUCCAAUACUAAGUAAGGGAUAUAAAUCCCCUUUAAAGAUCGACGAAGUUCCUUCACUUCCACAUGAUCUUAGGGCUGAAAGAAUGGCUGAGCUCUUCGAAAUGAAUUGGCCUAGGCCAGGUGAGAAUUCAGAGAACCCUGUAGGAACCACAUUGAUCCGGUGCUUCUGGAAAGACCUUGUUUUCAUAGGUUUCCUUGCCAUUGUGCGGUUGGCUGUGAUGUAUGUCGGUCCAGUCCUCAUCCAAAGUUUUGUCAAUUUCACUUCUGGUAAGAGCAGCAAUCCAUAUGAAGGAUACUAUUUAGUAUUGACCCUCUUGAUUGCGAAAACCAUUGAAGUGCUUAGCUCCCACCACUUCAAUUUCCAGUCACAGAAACUCGGGAUGCUUAUCCGGUCCACUCUCAUCACUGCUUUAUACAAAAAGGGGCUGAAAUUAUCAUGUUCCUCCAGGCAGUCUCAUGGGGUAGGACAGAUUGUGAACUAUAUGGCUGUGGAUACUCAGCAGCUCUCUGACAUGAUGCUGCAGCUGCACUCGUUAUGGAUUAUGCCGUUACAAGUUGUUGCUGCAUUAGCCCUCUUGUAUGCCUACAUGGGUGUCUCAAUGCUUGCAGCAUUGGGUGCAGUUGUUGUUGUUUUUAUCUUCACUCUGAUGAGAACGCGCAAGAACAACAUAUUCCAGUACAAUGUGAUGAGGAACCGUGAUUCCAGGAUGAAGGCGAUGAAUGAGAUGCUUGGCAAUAUGCGCGUGAUCAAGCUCCAAGCAUGGGAGGAACACUUCAGUAAGAGGAUUCAAUCUUUUCGUGAAUUGGAGUACGGAUGGCUCAGCAAGUUCAUGUACUCAAUCUCCUGCAACAUGGUUGUGCUCUGGAGCAUUCCAAUUUUGGUUGCAGCACUGACAUUUGGGGUUGCAAUUUUGUUGGGAGUGUCUCUUGAUGCAGUAACAGUGUUCACAGCAACAACAAUCUUUAGAAUUUUGCAGGAGCCUAUCCGGACCUUUCCUCAAGCUCUUAUCUCAAUUUCACAAGCAAUGAUCUCCCUGGGGAGGUUGGACAAGUAUUUGACAAGUCGGGAAUUGGAUAAUAGAUCAGUGGAGAGAGAGGAAGGUUGUGGUGGUAAGGUAGCCGUGGAGGUUCAAGAUGGGACUUUUUCAUGGGAUGAUCAAGGCGGUGAAGAGGUUUUGAAAGGUGUGAAUUUUGAGAUCAAGAAAGGGGAGCUUGCUGCAAUUGUUGGAACUGUUGGAUCAGGAAAGUCUUCCUUAUUGGCUUCAGUUCUUGGUGAGCUGCACAAAAUUUCAGGAAAGGUGAGAGUUUGUGGGACAACUGCUUAUGUGGCACAGACAUCGUGGAUACAGAAUGCAACCAUCCAAGAGAACAUCUUGUUUGGUUCACCAAUGAACAGGGAAAGAUACAAGGAAGUGAUUAGGGUUUGUUGCUUGGAGAAGGAUUUGGAGGUGAUGGAACAUGGUGACCAGACUGAGAUCGGAGAGCGUGGCAUCAACCUAAGUGGUGGCCAAAAGCAACGCGUACAACUCGCUAGAGCAGUGUAUCAGGACUGUGACAUUUAUCUUCUUGAUGAUAUAUUUAGUGCUGUGGAUGCUCAGACUGGCUCGGAAAUAUUCAAGGAAUGUGUGAGGGGAGCUCUCAAAGAUAAGACCAUUUUACUUGUGACACACCAAGUUGACUUCUUGCACAACGCUGAUCUUAUACUGGUAAUGAGAAAUGGGAUGAUCGUGCAAUCCGGGAGGUAUGAAGACAUUCUGGAAUCCGGCAUGGAUUUUGGUGCACUUGUAGCUGCCCAUGAAACCUCAAUGGAGCUUGUAGAAAUGAGCAAUGCCGAAACAAGUGACAAUCCCCAACAAACGCCAAAAUCACUCCAUGCCUCCUCAAGCCAAAGAGAAACCAAUGGUGAAAACAGGCUUGUGGACCAAACCAAAUCUGAAAAAGGCACUUCAAAGAUCAUUGAAGACGAGGAGAGAGAAACUGGUCGCGUCAACUUUGAUGUCUACAGGCAGUAUUGCACCGAGGCUUAUGGAUGGGGGGGAGUUGCAGCUGUCAUACUGAUGUCUUUGCUGUGGCAGUCAUCUCUUAUGUCAAGUGACUACUGGCUUGCAUAUGAGACGUCAGAAGAUCGUCUGUUUAGCCCUUCUCUGUUUAUCAAAAUUUACUCGAUCAUAGCUGCAGUUUCAUGUGUUUUUGUGGUAAUCAGAUCAUUCCUUGUCAUAUUUUUGGGCCUCAAAACUGCUCAAAGUUUCUUCAAUAAACUUCUAAACAGCAUCCUCCAUGCUCCAAUGUCAUUCUUUGAUACUACUCCUUCAGGAAGAAUUUUAAGCCGAGUAUCAACUGAUCAAGCCAACAUUGACUUUCUGAUUCCCUUGUUUUUGGCAAUGACAUUGGUUAUGUACUUCACUUUACUUGGUAUUGUGGUCAUUACAUGCCAGUAUGCUUGGCCGACGAUAUUCCUCAUAAUUCCUCUUGCUUGGCUGAAUUUCUGGUAUCGGGGAUACUACCUUGCAACAUCUCGUGAGUUAACCCGACUUGAUUCAAUAACUAAAGCCCCAAUCAUCCAUCACUUCUCGGAGACCAUUUCUGGCGUUAUGAUCAUACGCUGCUUCAGGAAGCAGGACAAGUUCUUUCAAGGAAAUGUCGACAGGGUCAAUGUGAAUUUGCGAAAGGAUUUUCACAAUUAUGCCUCAAACGAAUGGUUGGGAUUCCGGUUGGAACUUAUUGGCAGCUUUGUCCUCUGCAUUGCCACCAUGUUCAUGGUCUUGCUUCCAAGUACUAUUAUUCAACCAGAAUAUGUUGGCUUAUCUCUAUCCUAUGGCCUGCCCCUCAAUGGUGUGCUGUUUUGGACCGUAUUUAUGAGCUGCUUCGUGGAGAACCGAAUGGUUUCAGUCGAAAGAAUAAAACAAUUUAUAAAUAUCCAACCAGAAGGUCCAUGGAAGAUCACAGAUUGUCUUCCUUCUCCCAAUUGGCCCAGCCAUGGUGACAUUGAGAUAAGGGACUUGCAGGUCAGAUAUCGACCAAACACUCCCCUGGUUCUGAAAGGCAUUACUCUUAGCAUUCAUGGAGGAGAGAAAGUCGGUGUUGUUGGCCGAACUGGGAGUGGGAAGUCGACUCUGAUCCAAGCCUUCUUUAGGCUGGUGGAGCCUUGUGGUGGGAAAAUCUUAAUUGAUGGGGUUGACAUUCGCAAGCUAGGCCUUUAUGAUCUCAGGUCUCGUCUUGGGAUCAUCCCUCAAGAACCUGUGCUCUUCCAAGGAACAAUAAGAAGCAACAUCGACCCUAUUGGGCUGUAUUCGGCUGAAGAAAUAUGGAAGAGUCUUGAACGCUGCCAACUGAAAGAUGUGGUUGCUGCAAAGCCUGAAAAACUCGACGCUGCAGUGAUCGAAAAUGGAGAGAAUUGGAGUGUGGGGCAGAGGCAGCUUCUGUGCUUGGCGAGGGUCAUGCUAAAACACAGCAAGAUUCUUUUUAUGGACGAAGCAACGGCUUCUGUUGAUACACAGACCGAUGCUGUGAUACAAAGGAUCAUUCGCGAGGACUUCUCAGAGUGUACAAUCAUCAGCAUUGCUCAUAGGAUUCCCACAGUUAAAAACUGCGAUAGAGUGUUGGUUAUAGAUAACGGAUUGGCAAAAGAGUAUGACACGCCAUCUCGCUUGCUUGAGAAGCCCUCACUUUUUGGUGCAUUGGUGCAAGAGUAUAGCAACCGAUCAUCGGGACUUUGA